AUGGAAGAAAACAACACCAGUGCAAAGCAAGAAAAGAACAUCAGUGAUUGGCUUCCCAUCACUAAAUCUAGGAAUGCAAAGUGGUGGUAUUCAACUUUUCACAAUGUCACUGCUGUGGUUGGAGCUGGAGUUCUGGGUUUCCCCUACGCUAUGUCAGAACUUGGAUGGGGUCCAGGAAUCACAGUUUUGAUCCUUUCAUGGAUUUGCACAUUCUACACAGCAUGGCAAAUGAUUGAAAUGCAUGAGGCCGUGCCGGGAAAGAGGUUUGACAGGUAUCAUGAAUUGGGGCAGCAUGCAUUUGGGGAAAAGCUUGGACUUUGGAUUGUGGUGCCUCAACAACUAAUGGUUGAAGUUGGUGUUAAUAUAGUUUACAUGAUCACUGGUGGAAAAUCUAUAAAGAAGAUUCAUGAGAUUCUUUGUCAUGAUUGUAAGCCCAUAAGAACAACCUACUUCAUCAUGAUGUUUGCUUGUGUUCAAUUUGUUCUCUCCCAUCUCCCUAGUUUCAACUCCAUCGCUGGGGUUUCUUUGGCUGCUGCUGUUAUGUCCUUGAGUUACUCUACAAUUGCUUGGAUAGCUUCGGUUCACAGAGGGGUUCAACCAGACGUGAGAUAUGAUAGAAGAUAUUCAAGUACUACAGGAAAUGUGUUUGGCUUCUUUAGUGCUUUGGGAGAUGUAGCUUUUGGGUAUGCAGGGCACAAUGUGAUUUUGGAGAUCCAAGCUACCAUCCCUUCAACACCUGAAAAGCCCUCCAAAGGAGCCAUGUGGAAGGGCAUGAUUAUUGCUUAUAUCAUAGUGGCUUUGUGUUAUUUUCCUAUUUCCAUCUUUGGUUAUUGGGCUUUUGGAAACUCUGUUGAUGACAACAUCCUUUUGUCACUUGAGAAACCCCGCUGGCUCAUUACAGCUGCUAAUAUAUUUGUUGUUGUUCAUGUUACUGGAAGUUAUCAGGUCUUUGCUGUUCCAGUGUUUGAUAUGUUGGAAUUAUUCCUUGUGAAAAGGAUGAAUUUCAAGCCAAGUUGGUUCCUUCGAUUCAUAACUCGUAAUUUAUAUGUUUCACUUACGUUGUUCCUUGGAGUUUCAUUUCCUUUCUUUGGUGGGCUUCUUGGCUUCUUUGGGGGAUUUGUCUUUGCUCCAACCACAUACUUUCUCCCUUGCAUAAUGUGGCUUCUCAUCCACAAACCAAAGAGAUUUAGCAUUUCUUGGUGGGCAAAUUGGUUUUGCAUCAUAUUCGGAGUGCUUUUGAUGGUUUUAGCUCCUAUUGGCGCAUUGAGGCAGAUCAUACUACAAGCUAAGGAAUACAAAUUUUACUCGUAA